AUGUUUGAAUUUUAUGAUGAAAUUUUAUCAUCAUCUUCCGAAGAUGAAGAAAUGGUUCUUCAUCGUCGGCCAAGAAUUAUUCAUGAGCGACGAAACUAUUUUGAUGUUUUAGACGAUGUGGAUUUUGUUGUGCGUUUUCGUAUAACUAAAGUAUCAGUGCAAAAUAUAUUGCAAGAAAUUCGACAUGAAUUGGAACAUGCUACUACACGGAACCACGCGAUUUCACCAAUGAUACAACUUCUUCUAUCAUUGCGAUAUUAUGCAACUGGAUCAUUUCUUAUCACUGUUGGCGACUUCUCUGGAGUCAGCAAGACAAGUGCUUUUAGGAUUAUCCAUAGAGUGAGUGCAGCUAUUGCUCGCUUAUCUCGAAACAUAAUAAAGAUGCCUUCUACUCAACAAGAAAUAACAACUGCACAAAUAGACUUUUAUAGUAUUUCGCGCUUCCCUCGAAUUAUUUCCGCAUUGGAUUGUACGCAUAUCAAGGUUCAAUCAUUUGGUGGAAAUCAAGCAGAAUUAUAUAGAAAUAGGAAAGGAUACUUUUCAUUGAACGUUCAAUGUACAUGUGAUGCUCAUUUAAAAUUUACGAAUAUUGUAUCACGUUGGCCAGGAUCUACCCAUGAUUCAACAAUUUUUAAUUAUUCUAAAUUACGCGCUCGCUUGGAAAAUGGAGAAUUUGGUGAUGGUUUAGUUCUUGCAGAUGGAGGAUAUGCAUUGAAACCUUAUUUGAUAACUCCUUUACCAAAUCCACAAACUGACGCUGAACGGUUGUUCAACGAAUCACAAAUAAGAACUCGCAACCCUGUUGAACGAGCAUUUGGAGUUUGGAAACGUAGAUUUCCUUGCUUAGCAAUUGGGAUGCGUUUCUCAAAACAUCGUAUUAUUGCAAUAAUCGUUGCAACAGCUGUUUUGCAUAACAUUGCACUUACAAAUGGUGAGCCACUGCCACCAGAUGAUGAAGCUUUAAAUAUUCGAUGGGACAUUAUUUUAAAUGAGGAGGUUCAUAAUCAAGGUCCUCAAGAUCCCGAUCAUGGAAACACACGUGAAAUUCUUCUUCAUUAUUUUCAAAGUCUAUUGUGA